CACAUCAUCAACGGUGACCCUCGAUAGGGUUUCAUCGUCAGAGAGGAAAAGCCGAAAAGGGGAUCUGAGGUCAGAGUGAUGCGCCGCCUGCCUUCUGCCGAGCUCCAGCCUCGCGCCGCCGCCCUUGCCUGAGGCCUCCUAUGAGGAUCGAGUGGUGCUUCAGAAGAGACGACCGGGGAGCUGCAGUUCCCAAUCGAAGUAGCAGCUCCUUUUCGAGCUGCCAUCCGCAGUCGAAGGAAUCAAGCGGCUCCUCUCCGAGUCGUGGUCCGCAAUCCAAGCGGCUCCUUUUUUCAGCGGCAAUCCGGAUUCAAAGCAGUCCUUCCCGGGCUGCAAUCAGAAACAGGUCCUGUUUCAGUUUUAAUAAAGUCUACGAGCUGUUGGCUCCCUCACGUGGCAGGAACGUAGCUGCUAUAAAUCUGGCCUGGCGGCAACCGUGGUACCCGCCAGUUUUAAGAGGAUACGAUCAUCUCCCUUCGGCGAGCGAUGGCCAAACCAUCCGUGGACGGCCUAGGCAAAUCCUCCCUCGAUAUGGUGGAGGACAAUGGAGUUGACAGGCUCAGCAAGUUGCCUGAUGACGUUUUGCUCAACAUUGUGGAGCGACUUGAUAUCGCUGAUGUUGAACGAACCACCAUCCUCUCCAGACGUUGGAAGCAGAUCCCUGCUAUACUCUCAAAGAUUUUUAUAAUGGUUGCUUCUUUUCAACCCAAGCAUGAAGGUAGGAAGUUAACCUCAGAUGAUAUAGUUCGGGCCAACACCAACGUGCUGGAAGCAACCAGGAGCAUACUGGUAAAGAGGGCUGGAGGUCCACACACCAUUCACCUGCUGCGCAUGCAAUUCUACUUGGGAGAUGAGUCCAUUUUCAUUGGUCAUGCUGUUGCCAACACCAUAGCAACACACAAGGUUGCUUCAGUUGAGUUUACAAUCUUGACCAAGGUGCGCACAAAGUUUACCAAUAAUGACCUGCUCACUCAUGGGAGGCAGUUCAUGUCAUUCCUUGAUUCGUGUCCAAACACAUUUGGUGGUCUUGCACGCCUCACGCUAGAGAAUUUGAGGUUAGGAGAAUCAGACUUUCCCAAAAUUUUCAGUAUAUGCAAGCAACUCGAGGUCCUCUGCCUCUACCACUGUGAUAUGGGCAUUGAGUCUUUGCUGGAAGUGGAACACUCACAACUCAGUGAACUGGUGAUUGGCCGUAGCGUGCUUAUUAAGAGGGUUGAUCUGAAGUGGGUACCAAAACUCACAGUACUGAAAUUUAAUAUGUUUCGAUCUCAAGAUGACCCCUUCUGUCUUGGCUAUGUCCCACUUCUCCAGACUGUGAGCAUCAUUAAUACUGGUUUUUCUUGGCACAAGAUGCUCAAGAUAAGCGAGUUGCUGGGUGAAACCGCCAUAAGCAACCUGCAUUUGAACUUCAAAAGUGAAAAGAUUUGGGUCAAGCCGGAAGGUCGAAGACAAUUGUUACCAGUGUUACACAAGCUAAGGCUUGUGAAUUUGAUUAACAUUUCUGAAGAAUGCGAUCUGACUUGGAUAAUGUUCAUACUUCAAGGUGCACCCACCCUUAAGGAACUACGCAUCUUGGUGCGGGACCAUUUAUGUGAAAUGGUAACUGGGGAGCGGAGAAAAAAGUAUGCCUUUAGCGAGGAGAAGGACAAGGGACUAGAGUGGGAACCAUCUGCAUCUGAUUUCAAGCACCACAACCUUGCCGAGCUCAGAAUCUAUGGGAGGUUUGAAGCAGAAGAAAAAAUCGUGCGCUUUGCCAGGAAUAUCAUGGAAGCAGCGGUGAAUCUCGAGGACAUAAAACUUUAUAAGAGUCCAGUGUGUGAGAAUUGCAAGAACAUGCACCAGGAGUGGACGUUGAAGGAGAAGUCGUUGCUUAGCUACAAACUCAGCAAGGGGAUGCUGUCUUCGCUCGUCCGGAUUCAGUUCCCAAGUUUAGGGGAAAUUUUUACUUGGCCAAAGUACUGGUCUUAGCUGCAAGCUGUGGUUUUUUUUUUGAGGGGUUGCAAGCUGCAGUUCACAGGAGUUGUUGUAUGCAUCGAUUAAUUCUCACUAGUCAACCUUUUAAAUUAUUCCUGUUUUGAGAUUGUACUGAGUCGAGGAGGAUAAGGAGUAACUCUUGACAUUAGUGUGAAGUAUUUUGGCAAAUGAAAGUUUCGGAUGUGUUAUUCGUGGCAAA